ACUGAUUAGCGCGCGAUCCUCCCACUGACACAUCACAUCUGGAGAUUACCGAUUUAGUGUUGGUUUUUCUGUGUGAUUUUCAUCGGCUUUUACGCAUUUUGACGUCUCCUACAGCUUCUCCAGGAAGAACGGGUCUUCAAAAUACAUUUGACCGCCGCACGUCUCUUUUUGAAAGCAACAACAAAAAGAAGUAGGGGAUGUGUUACUUUAUUUUUUUCUGAGUCAAGCUCCGGUCUUUAAAUCUCUCCGGUGGUCCUCGGUGUGCCAGCGGAGCGACUCCCAGCAUCUGACUGCCGGACACGGAGGGGACAAUAAAUGAUAUUAGCGAGGAGACUAUUCGUUUUAAAACAGCGGAUUUUGUUAAAGAGGUGACAUACGCUGCGUUUUUCUUUGCUGCGUUUAUGGGAUCACGAAAAAGAGAACAGACAGGAGUUUAUGCAUUUUUAGCAUAUUCACUAAUUCAACAUUAUUGAUAGCUUUUUGCACGAUCACCCUAAAGAGCAGUAACUCUAUAGUAUUACUUCAUAGACCUAACGCUUUAUUGCACAGAAAAACGCAUUUUUAGCCACUAUAAUAGGCGAGGUAAUGAUGUAAAUAAAGACCCCUUUAGCUGGUUAAUACAUGCCUUUCAAAGCGCCUUCAAACAGGAGUGCUGCUGACCCAUCAUAGCAGCAGAGCCACCUGUCCUGUUGCAUUCUAGUCUGAGCACCGUGUGCAGACAGCAGCUAUGCAAACACAAGGCUUAGCUGAUUUGCACAAACCACAGAUGAUUUCACAUGAAUAAGGUGCUGUCUGGAGCUAAACCUGAGGAGAAAUGUAGCCUAGUUGUGAAGCUUUACGUUGGACUUAGCACUGAUAGGAGGCAAUACCACCUACAUUCAAUAAAAGCUAACAUCUCUGAUUUCUUCCAAAGCCAAAGAGGAGGAAACAAGUGAGAGGAUUCUUCAAACUGCUUCCAUUUGCCAUUUCACUCAGACAGUGGAUCUUUAAACUCGGACCCUGCUUUCUGCCCAUGUCGAAUCUACAGCACACAAGGGAAAAGUGCUAAAUGUCUCUUUAAUGCAAAAUUCAUCAUUUACAUUUGAUCUGCACAAUCACUCUUUAACUCUCCAUUGCAUGACUCUCACCAGUGUGCUUCACUUUUCAAUUCCUCAGUGUCGUCCCUAAGAUAUCAGUCUUCCAGUAGCUUCUAAUGGUCAACGGCUGAUAGGACCAUCAAGCAACCUGUGUGUCAACGCACUGGCAUCAUUUGGUGUGUCACUGUGGAGCUAAAGAGGCCAAAGGGUGUGCCACAGUAUACAUAGUUGAACAAAGGCCCUUUUGGUGCUAACAAGGGGGACGAAACCUGAAACUCAAAGUGGUUCCUGUCUCUGGUAACUCUAUACACUAUCACGCUGAAAGGCUGAACAAAGUCUGCAGAAAAAUAAAAAGUGCUUUAGAUCCUGAGCAGACGAAGAGACGAGGCACAUCUUCCACACUGCUUCCGUUUGGAUUUGCAGGUGCUUGAGAAGACCAGAUCAGCAAGGUGACCCACCCAACCCUCCUUUCAACGCUUGUAUGAGCUGGAAAAAAUAAAAAAGGAGGAGAAGAAGAAGACACCCAGAGUGCAUCACAACCAGAGUCCCAACAGCCUCCUCCUCUCAACUGCAAUCAUAAUCAGGACAUCCUAGAGGUUUUCACCACCAAGCUGGAGUAGUUGCUGUUUAGAUCUGUAUUGUAUCUCCUAUUCUGAAGUGUGUGUGUGUGUGUGUGUGUGUGUGUGUGUGUGUGUGUGUGUGUGUGUGUGUGAGAUGCGUGGUGUGUUUUGACGCCGUUGAGAGCCUCCACCAGUCUUCCUUCUCCUGUCAGGAUGUCCCAUCUGCUGCUAACCCUGGCCCUCCUGGCGCUUCAAGCAUGUCUGUGUCGUGGAGCCUGCGUGGAGGUGGACUCAAACACAGAAGCCGUGGAAAAAAAAGGUUUCAAACUGGGCUGCAUCUCCUGUAAGAAGAGGGGCGAGGUUCCCGCCAGCGCCUUCGUCGACUGGUACUUCCAGGAAUCAGUUGACCAUAAUUUCACCCAUGUAUACAACUAUAAGAAUAAAGAGGCCAAUAUCACUGACGAACGUUUCUUUGAACGUCUUGUUUGGAAUGGCAGCAAACAUACAAAUGACCUGCAGGACGGCUCCAUCUUCAUCCUAAACGUGACAUUCAAUGACACGGGACGCUACAAGUGCAUAUUCAGCCGAACCCUGAUGUAUCCUGCCUACGAGUUUUCCACCUUUCCCAACAAGACUAUCGACAUGACAGUGGUGCCAGAACUUACCAGGGGAUGGGCAUCCAUCUUGUCUGAGGUAAUGAUGUACGUCUCCCUCAUCGGGCUGCAGGUAUGGCUGGUGAUUGAGAUGAUUUACUGCUACAGGAAGAUUUCAGUGGCUGGAGAGGAAGCUCUUAGAGAGAGCGCGCCGGAGUAUUUAGCUAUAGCGUCGGAAAGCAAAGAUAACUGUGCUGCUGUACAAGUGGCAGAAUAGCACCGGUCGAGGUCGAAAAUUCCAGAUGUCUUCCUUGAGGAAUCUCAUAUUCCCACUUUGACACUCGAGUCUAACUAAACCACAGAGAGGACACAGAUCUUCACUCGACUAUCUGCAAAAAGAUGGAAAGGACUGAACUGCAUCGUGUUUGGAGGACAAGAUGGAUGCAUCAGCUUGUGGUUUAACAGGAAGAGAUAGAGGGUAGAACUGUAUGUAUAUAUGCACAGAUACUCUUAUAUAAAUAAUAUAGACCUAUAUUGACUAUCCACUAUCUGCAUGCUUAAGCUAAUCCAAAUGACCAACAUCAAGCUUCAAAUGUUGGUAUUUAGAAGCUUUGGUGCACAUAUCAAAUAUUUGUAUUUAUGAAUCAAUAUUUUAAAAGCAAAUAAUAUAUUUAAGGUGUAUUUUACUUUGACUUAUUAUACUAUUAAGACUGAAUUUGGCUGGAAAUGUACUUGCUGUUGUGAUGUAACACAGUGGGAUUGUAGGCAUACAGAGGAAACACUGCUGAUAUCCUUCCUGCUAUGAAACAUUUGAGCAGUUUUCAUGCCUGAGUAUCAAGUAUUUGUCAACUUUUUAUCAAAAAUAGCCUGAAAGUGUCUCUGAAAACAGCAUUUCGGCCAGAAUGAGAGACAAUACCAAAUCCUUUAUAUCAGCAGUGUUCUCACAGCUGACCAAUUUCUAAACGUUAACCCCGACUGGCAACAGAUCCAGCCCUUAUUUACUUCUGACAUUUUUUACAUACAUAUUUGAACUAAGCUGAUAUGAGAACGUUGAUAUGUACAUGAUAUGUGCGUGUAAAUGGUCUCCAAAAGUUGUCUCCAGAGCGGGUUCUUCUCUCACACGAGAAAUUCACAUAAAAAGGCCCAUUAACUUCCCAGACAACAGUAACGUUUUUACUUUUUCUCUACAUCCCCAAGAGAUCAUGAUGAUCAGCGAUCAAAAUGUAAUAACGUUUUGUUUUUUCCUUCUAAAAUAUUAAUUUCAGUGAAAUUUGGAAAACACGUUGCUAAUGGCUGCAUUGAUCUAACUGCUGGGUUAAUACCCCACACAACCUGUCCAGUGUGCCUCCCAGGCUGAAACCAAAAGGGAAAGGACAGAGGUGGAGCCUGGUUACAAAUCUUUAGUGCUUUUAAUAAAAACAUAGCUACUAAGUUCUCUUUCCAGCUGGCCAGUUACUCGCGAUGAACACUGGAGGGCAAACACUGCUGUUAGUGUUCAUCUCUUUUUGUACCAAAUCUGAGUUUGACACGAGUUGAGAAACUGAGAAGGGGACACACACCAGCUGACACAGUAACACAGAAUCACUGCACGCUUACUGACGUGGAAGGAGUGCUGUCGGAGUACUGUCCUAAGAUAUACAGGCUAAAAAAGAAAGCCAUGACUUUAAUAAAUACGAAGAGGGAAAGCCACUCAAUCAAGAACUGUUACAUACUGCUUACUGAAUGCUUCUCUUUUAGUUUAAAUCAUUUAAUACACCUUUCCUGCACAGAUGAACCGACCAGUCACAUGAAAAUCACGCUGCUCCCCACAUCGUUGGUCUGUCCCCCUUUUCUUUCAACUAAAACUGCAGUUUUUACUUCAUGUGUGGAAAUGUUGCUUGCCACAAUAAAAGGAAAAGAAAAGUGAUGCACGGCAAAUAAAUAAAAAGGGAGAAAAUCA